AUGUCUGCGAUCGAAUAUAACAAUUUAUUGCGCCAAAUCAGCCAAAGACUCGACGACAUAAAUGCAGGCCAGCAAUUACUUGUGAUAUGCAGUGGAUUGUUGGCGGCUCGUAGUGAAGAAAGCAUCCCUACCUUGUCGUUGUUUUUAGACUUAGAAAAGAAAGGAUUUCUGAGUCCCGAUCGUCUAACGGUAUUGAAGACCAUUUUAAAAGGCGUCAGGGAACUGGCUUUUCUAGAAAAGGUUGAAACGUUUGAGCACAAAAGAAAGGAAUACAACAACUUGCUUGAGCAGAUUGUACGAGGACUCGACGAGCUUAAUGAUCUGGAACGAAUCAUCUCGAUUUGCAAAGGAAAUAUAACAGAAGGAAGACGAGCGAGUAUCCAUGAUGCAAGGUCAUUGUUUAAGGAGUUAGAAAGCAAAAACUGUCUUGGAAUCGACUGCCUCGAAAUCGUGAAGGAGAUUUUGACCCAGACGGAAAAAAACGAUCUGCUUAAGAAAGUGGAAGAGUUUGAGCAACGAAAAAGUCGUAAAAAUGAGUUUGAAAGACAAAAAGGUAUUUCUCCAGGUUUAGCUCGGUGUAAAAACCUGUGA